CGUCACGAACAUCUUAUUACAGGAUUUACAAUUCGAAGAUCAACCGAGAGUCCGAGUUCAAGAUGAACACCGUCUCCGACCAGAAAGUCCACAUCAUCUCGUCCACCGCCGUUGAACCAUCCUCUCCGACCCCUCACCGCCUCCGAACCCUGAACCUCUCUCUCCUCGACCAGCUCUUCCCCACGCCUUUAGCCCACACCCUUCUCUUCUACGCCGGGUGCGGCGGCGGCGGCGGCGGCGGCAGCAGCAGCAACGAGUCCCUCUCCCGCCGCAUGCGAGCCUCUCUCUCCCAAGCCCUCACUGAUUUCUACCCCUUAGCCGGCCGGCUCACGAGCAGCGCGCGGAUCGACUGCAACGACGAAGGCGCGUACUGGGUCGAGGCCCGAGCCGAUCUGCGGCUGGCCGACGUCCUUGCCCGACCCGAUGGAACGUUGCUCAGCCAGUUCCUCCCUUCCUCUCACCCUGAAACGUCGCCUCUGGCCGCCAUGGGGUGCCUCCUGACUGUCCAGAUCACCACCUUCAGUUGCGGCGGCGUCGCCGUCGCUACCUGCAGUUCGCACAAGCUCAUGGACGCGUCCUCGAUGGCGUUCUUCCUCCGGAGCUGGUCAGCGAGAUGUGCCGGGAGGCUCGAGGGCGGCCGGGCCCCUCCUCCCAGGUUCCUCGGAGAUUCCCUCGUGCGGGCCAAGGAGCUGCCCUUCAUGCUGUCGGACUACGCCGGCAUGGAGAGCUGCGCGACGAGGAGGUUCGUGUUCGAAGGUUCCAAGAUAUCUGCCCUGAAGGCCGAAGCGGUUCGUUCGGCUAAGUCCGGCGAGUCGACUCGUUUCACGAGGGUCGAGCUUGUGCUAUCGCUCAUCGUCAGAUGCGCCCUGGCUGCAUCGCGGUCCGUAACCGGGUCUUCGCAUCACCCGACCCUGUUGCGCCAAAUGGUGAACCUCCGGAAUCGGAUGUCGCCGGCCUUGCGAGAGAACGACGUCGGGAACCUCGCCUUCGGCAUCAACAUACUAUGCGAGAACGGCGAGUCGACAUUCGAAGAGCUACUAUCGAACAUCAGGAAGGAGAUGGUCAGUUUCACCAAGGGAGCCGAGGCGAGCGGGUCCGACAGCGGCGAGCUCUUCUCCAUAGCGUGCGGAUCAAUCGGGAAGGCAGGGGACUUCUUUAGUAAAUGGAAGGAGGAGUCGAGGUUCUACAGGUGCUCGAGCCUGUGCGGGUUCCGGUUCUACGAUGUGGACUUCGGGUCGGGGAAGCCCGCGUGGGUGACGUGCCUGAGCCGCAUGAAGAACUUCGUGUACAUGGUGGACGCGAAGGGCGGGGGCGGGAUCGACGCGUGGGUGACACUGGACUGGCGAGACAUGGCCGUGUUCGAGCGCGACGAGGAGCUCCUCGCCUACGCCGCCCCGAACCCUAGCGUGGCUCACCGUGUGAUGCACCCUUCUCGGUUCUGAUUUGCCCAAUGAACCGGGACGGCCACGUGUUUUCUUAUUGGAAGCUGAGCUUUGUUCUUGA